UGGUGCAGAUAAUAUAGAUUUUUAUAUUUGCACGUCAGCGUUAAGAAUGGCGCAUUUUCUUCUUCACUAGCAUCCUCAAGAGUCCAGUAACCCAGAUUUAAUCCUUUGAAUAACAGAAAUAAAAUUAAAAAAAUCAGACUUCACAUUCAUAAUUAACACCGACCGAACCGAACCGAACCAAACAUGGCAGAUCCAAAAUCGAAGUUCUUGGAGGUUUAUUCACUCUUGAAAUCGCAGCUACUGAAUGACUCUGCUUUUGAAUUCACCGACGAUUCUCGUCAAUGGGUCGAGCAGAUGCUGGAUUAUAAUGUACCUAGAGGCAAACUUUACCGAGGAUUGGCUGUCGUUGAUUGUUACAUGGCGCUAAAGGAAGGAGAAGACUUGACCAAAGGCGGACUUCUUCUUGCUAGUGUGCUUGGUUGGUGCAUUGAAUGGCUUCAAGCAUGUGCAGUGGUUCUUGAUGACAUAAUGGAUAAUUCUCAUACACGGCGUGGUCGGCCUUGUUGGUACAAAUUACCAAAGGUUGGGAAUAUUGCUUUAAAUGAUGGUAUACUUCUCAAUAAUCAAUGCCACAGAAUUCUGAGGCUGUAUUUUAGAGACAAGCCUUAUUAUGCUGAUCUGCUUGAUUUAUUUAAUGAGGUGGAAUUCCAAUCGGUUUCUGGACAAAUGAUAGAUUUAAUUACCACCCAUAAAGGAGAAAAGGAUCUGUCAAACUACUCAUUGUCACUUUAUCACCGCAUUGUUGAGUACAAAAAUGCUUAUUAUUCAAUCUACCUUCCGGUUGCUUGUGCAUUGAUUUUGGCGGGUGAAAAAGUGGAGAACCAUGAUGUUAAGAAGAUCCUUAUUGAAAUUACUGUCUACUUUUCAGUACAGGAUGAUUAUCAAGACUGCUUUGGGGACCCCAACGUGACUGGCAAAGUUGGAACAGAUAUUGAAGAUUUCAAAUGCACUUGGUUUAUUGUGAAAGCAUUAGAACUUGCUAAUGCAGACCAAAAGGAUGUGUUAUAUGAAAAUUAUGGGAAAGCGGAUCCGUUAUGUGUUGCAAAAGUGAAAGAAAUCUAUGAAGUUCUUGAUCUUCAGGGCAUUUAUACAGAAUAUGAAAAGAAUACUUACAAGAAGCUAACAGAAACCAUUGAAACUCAUCCAAAUAAAGCUUUGAAAGCUUUAUGGGGAAGAUUUAUCGAAACUAUAUGGACAGCUGAUCGAGCACGAAAUGCUCCAAGAACAGAGGGAAAUUGAGAUAUUUUUCUUCACAGCUACCAGAAAUUUUGACUCUUUUUCAACCAACUUCACUGUGAAUAUGUGAUUCUAAAUUUUUCUGUUGUACCAAAGAAAAAAUUGCUGUGAUUCUGUUGUUUUUCGCUUUUGAAUAAGCGGAUGAUUCAUCUGCUUCAUGGCUACAUAAAUCGCCUGCAAUUUUUUGUAUAAUCAACUAAUCAUGUCUUAAAUUUUGCGAACAUUUUUUUUAUUUCCUGAAAAUAAUUACUCAGGACAUGAAAGCUUCUUUAAUGCAAUAAGAUAGAAAAUUACAGGAUUA